CAAAAAAGUCUGAAUUAUAUUGGCAUCUUCGUCCCCAUCCAUCCUCCACGCUCCGCUGGUUCCAUUGGCGAUGGCACGGGGCUGCUCUACCAAUGGGCAAUGGCCGUCCUUAUCGAGAGCGAAACGUCAACACCACCAUCCCCACCCACUUGACUUUGACCGUUGACCCGCUGACAUCACCCCCCACUCGUUCUUAAGGCCUCGGCCGCCCGCACUUCCUCCCCCCACUGUCCGUCCCCAGCAGCUCAGCUCAGCAAUCCCCGCCAAUCGCCAUGGACGCGCUCGUCGCCGGACAGCAGGCCAGGCGGCGGAUCCGGCCGCCGGAGCCCCUCGUGAUGGCCGCCUCCCCGACCACGCCCGCCGCGUUCAAGUGCCCGAUCUCGCUCGAGGUGAUGCGCUCGCCGGUGAGCCUCCCCACCGGCGCCACCUACGACCGGGCGUCCAUACAGCGCUGGCUCGACUCCGGCCACCGCACCUGCCCGGCCACGCGGCUGCCGCUCGCGUCCACCGACCUGGUGCCCAACCUGCUCCUUCGCCGCCUCAUCCACCUGCACGCCGCCACGCUGCCCCCCUCGCCCUCGCCCGAGGAGGCGCUCUCGCAGCUCGCCGCCUCGCACGGUGAGCCCGCCGCCGCGGAGAAGGCCGUGCGCUCGCUGGCCGCCAAGAUCGCGCCGGAGAAAGGGAAGCAGGCCUCCGUCGCGUCCGCCGUCGCCGCUGAUCUUGAUUCCACCGUGCCGGCGCUCCUCUCCUUCGCCAAGGGAGGCGCCGGCACCGACGCGCGCGUCGACGCGGUGAGGAUCCUGGCCACUGUGGCGCCGGAGAUGGUGCCCUACCUGACCCGGGACGGCACCGAGAAGCGUGGGCGGGUCAAGAUGGCCGUGGAGGCCAUGGCUGCCGUCUUGUCCGCGGGCGGAGUCAGCGAAGAUGCCAAGAAAGCCCUCAUCACCGCGCUCGUGGCCGGCGAUCUGGGGCGCGUCGUGGCGACGCUGCUCGCAGCAGGUCCCACCGGCGUCGUGGUUCUCGAGGCGAUCCUGACGUCGCCCGUGCCGGACGCCGACGUCAAGACCGCAAUCGCCGACAGGUCGGAGCUGUUCCCCGAUCUGGUGAGGAUCCUCAAGGAGGCCGCGUCGCCGGCAGCCAUCCUGUGCAUGGCCGCGGCCGUGCAGGUACGCGGGCGGCCCGCACGAGCGUCGAUGGUCCGAGCCGGCGCAGUGCCCGCGCUCGCGCUGGCCGUGGCGGCAGCGCCCACGGCCGCGGCGGAGUCCGCGCUGAUGCUGUUAGUAGAGGCGGCCCGCUGCAGCGACGGUAAAGCAGCCAUCGCCGAGGACGCGGCCGAGGUGGCGGCGGCCGUGAUGGGCAGGAUGAUACGGGUGGGGCAAAUGGGGCGCGAGGCCGCGGUGGCGCUGCUCUGGCUGUCGUGCUGCGCGGGGGGCGGGGAGCGGAAGAUGAGGGAGGCGCUGGCAGCCGCGCCGGAAGCAGUGGGGAAGCUGCUGGUGGUGAUGCAAGGGGACUGCUCGCCGGCGACGUCGAGGAUGGCCGGCGAGCUGCUGAGAGCCGUGAGGAUGGAGCAGGAGAGGAAGGGCAUGGUCUCCUCCUCCUACGACAGCCGCACCAUCCAUGUCAUGCCGUACUAGCAGCAAGUAAAUUUGUCGAGCUAACCCGCUGUGCAAAUUGUGUUUGCUUCCAUUGGUGAAAUCGCUGUGCAAACUGAAAUAACAAGGAGAAAUUCAGAGUGGAGACGCAAGAAACCAAGUCAAAGUGAGCAAGAUAGCAUUUUUGUUUGGAAAAAUGUCGAGAUACUCGCAGUAUUGCCUGUACAUGCGACCCUAAUUUGGACGCGUAGUGGAGUGGAUGGCUACCUCUUGUUCUCUUC